AUGAACAUUAUUACAUCUGCACCAGAUUAUGAUGAUCUUGAGCGAUUCUGGAAAUUAGAAUCCAUCGGCAUUUUACCCGCAGCAGAAGAAAAGGCUUCCGACUACUUGCAUGAUUAUCAGAAGAACUGCAUUACCUUUGAAAAUGGCCAGUAUACUGCUUCAUUGCCAUGGAAACCUGAUCACCCUAAUUUACCCGACAACUAUAACAUCACAUUAAGAAGAACUCAGAACACCAUACGACGAUUACGUGAAGACCCCCCUUUACUACAAAAGUACGACGGCAUAAUUAAAGACCAGGAAAAGAGAGGAUUUAUAGAGAAAGUGAAUGUUUUACCAAGUGAGCGUCCCGUGCACUAUAUCCCACAUCACGGAGUAAAGAAACAUUCGGCCACCACCCCUAUCCGUAUUGUGUUUGACUGUAGUUGUCGUCAAAACAAAAAUUCACCGAGUCUUAAUGAUUGCCUUGAAUCAACCCCUCCUCAGAUCAACGAAUUGACGAGUAUUUUAGUGAACUUUAGAAAGCACAGAUAUGCCGUCUGCACAGAUAUUGAGAAGGCUUUUCUUCAAAUACAACUCAACGAGAAUGAUCGUGACGUCACACGAUUUCUAUGGUUGAACGACAUUUAUGAUCCAAAUAGUGACCUUACAACAUACAGAUUCAAGUCCGUGCUUUUUGGUGCCACAUGUUCACCAUUUAUACUUCAUGCCACUUUAACCAAGCAUCUGAGUGCCAAUGAUCAUAUUUGGGUGAGUGCAAUACUUAAGAAAGACUUAUAUGUUGAUAACGUGAUGUCCAGUUUUUCUGACGAGAGUACUCUACUUGACUACUUCCAGAACACACGCAAAUUGAUGACAUCUGCUGGUUUUAACUUACGGUCCUGGAGCUCUAACAACAGUUCUCUGCGCAGCCUAGCGGAAGCGGAAGAAGUAGCCGAGGCUGAAGAAAUAACUAGCAUCCUUGGAAUGAAAUGGGACCCGAUAUCAGACCAGAUUUUCUUAGCACAGAAGACCAUUUCUACUUCCCAAUUUAUGACAAAACGUGUCAUACUCAAGGAAACAGCGAAGAUUUAUGACCCCCUUGGCUUCCUGACCCCACUCACAAUUCGUGCAAAAAUCCUACUUCAAGAUAUUUGGAAGCAAAAGUUCGAGUGGGACAUGUCCCUACCAGAUGACCUACAGACCCAAUGGUAUAACUUUGCUAAAGACUUAAACAGUGUAAUCCCUACCAGAUACCCGAGAAGUUACUUCAAGGAAACUGACUCUUUGGCAUUUACUUCCGGUAUAGGCGACAGUGCUGCCAGCGCAUCCUCAGAUAUUCAUCUUCAUGUGUUUUGUGACGCCAGCCUUAAGGCCUAUGGAUCAGUAAUAUACAUUACACGUGGUGACCAGUCUGCACGUGUUAUAUCAAGGACACGUGUCGCACCUUUGAAGCUUCUGACAUUACCAAGGCUUGAACUUAUGGCUGCAGUGAUUGGUUCAAGACUUCUGCAGCACGUACAACAGACGAUACCUACAGCAUCCGUACACAUGUGGUCUGACAGUCAAAUUGUUCUACACUGGCUGUCAUCCAACCGGAAGUUGAAAACAUUUGAACAGAAUAGAGUGACUGAAAUACACAAUCUUACAGAGAACAGAAGGUGGAUGUACUGUCCAACCGAGCACAAUCCGGCUGACAUGUUGACAAGAGGAAUUACAGCUACUGAAUUUCUGAAGAGUAGAUUAUGGGAGAAAGGUCCUGAUUGGUUAACUGAUGAAAGUCGGUACCCGAGCCAACCAGCUGUUGUAACAACUGUUUUACUAGCAGAAGAACAAGAUGAUACACUUGUUACCAUGACAACCUACGGAAUUCACAAUGUCAUUGAUAUCAACAGAUUUAGCCGUUACAGAAAGCUUCUUAGGGUGACAGCCUAUAUGAUGAGAUUCAUUCAACAUUGCCGAUCUGCGAGAACUUCCGAUAAUACGUCAACUCUGACGUUAACUGUAAAAGAACUUGCCGAUGCAGAGAAGAUGUGGCUUCAUAAUUGCCAAGCAACCACCUAUAGCGCUGAGAUUACAUGUAUCAAGACCGGAAGGAGAAACCUAACGCUUGUUAGGCAACUACAAUUAUACCUUGACAAUAAUGGCUUCAUUCGCUGUGGUGGUAGGAUUCAUAACGCCCCUUUAGCUGAGCAAACCCGAUUCCCAUAUCUGCUUCCGGCAAACCACCAACUGACGAAACUUGUAAUUAUAGACGCCCAUGAAAGACACUUACACGCAGGUACGAGUGCACUUAUUACCCAUAUACGCCAGAAAUAUUGGAUUCCAUCGAUACGCCAGUGUAUUCAGAAAUUACUCCGGAAGUGUAACCAGUGCCGCCGAGUGUCAGGAAGACCGUACACAGCGCCAGAUCCACCACCUUUGCCAAAGAUACGAGUUCAAGAUACACAACCUUUUACUGUGACUGGAGUUGAUUUCACCGGAGCUUUACAUGUACGAGGAAAAAACAAAAAUGAGAAGGCAUACAUUUGUCUUUUUACUUGUGCUUCGACCAGAGCUGUUCAUCUAGAAGUAGUCUCAGAUAUGACUGAAUCUUCAUUUUUACAAGCGUUUAGGCGAUUCAGUAGCAGAAAAUCUCUACCCAAGGUUAUGAUAUCUGAUAACGGAACAACUUUUCAAGCAGCAGCAAAUACAAUACGCCAAUUAAUGAAUUCUACUUCCGUAAAAGACACGUUACACAACCAUGGUACAGAGUGGAGAUUUAUUCCCAAGCGCGCUCCCUGGUUUGGUGGUUGGUGGGAAAGAUUAAUCGGUCUUACCAAAACAGCUAUCAAAAAGGUUCUUGGUAGUGCAUACGUCACUUAUGAUACUCUCCAAACAAUCGUAACAGAGGUAGAAAGCGUCAUGAACGACCGUCCAUUGACUUACGUUACGUCAGAGUCAACCGACCCAGAACCAAUUACACCAGCUCAUUUGCUAUACGGACGGCGUUUGACAACCCUGCCUUACAAUGAAGAUAUAUCCGAACCAAAACCAGUUUCAAGAGAUGGGAUCACCAAACAAGCGAGAAUACAAUCACAGAUCAUUAGCCAUUUCCGCGAUAGAUGGCGCCACGAGUACUUGACGUCAUUACGCCAGUAUCACAAAACUACGGGAAACAAUAGCCAAACGAUUAAGGACGGUGAUGUAGUAAUUAUUCAUGAUGAAACCCCGAAAUCACAGUGGAAAUUAGGAACUAUUGAACAAUUGAUCACUGGUAAAGAUGGAUUGACACGAGCGGCCAUGGUUCGCACCAGUAACGGGCACACUACAUCAAGACCAAUUGUAAAGCUGUACCCCCUUGAGACUAUGUAA